AAAGUGCUAGAGUCGUCGCACUAGUUUAUUAUGAACACGAAGAAGCACGGUGGCGCGUGGAAAUUACCUAGAAACUACGAAGAGAAGACGUGAACGCCACUUCUUUCUCUUCUAUCUCUUCCCACUACAAAUCUCAAGAAGAUGUUAAAAUCCGAAACAUGUCAUACUUCAAAAGAAACGAAGGCACAAUUUUUUUCGCGUUCGCGAGCAUCGGGUUCAUAGCGUUUUACUGCAUCAAUUACUUCAUACGGCGAUGUAGAGACCGGUCCGCCUCAGCCGGGAACACGUCGGAGGAAGCUGGAAUGAGUCCGAGGAGACCACCACGAGGGCUUGACCCUGAGGCCAUUGACUCGUGUCCUUCAUUUGUUUACAAGGAAGCUAGAGGGAUUGAGCCAGGUAUAGGCGAGCUAGAAUGCGUAGUGUGUUUGAAUGAAUUCAAAGACGACGAAACGCUGCGUUUGGUACCACCUUGUGUACAUGUCUUUCAUGCUGACUGUGUAGACAUCUGGCUUUCUCAUAGCUCCACAUGCCCUAUCUGUCGUGCUGAUGUGAUUCCCUAAUCGUGUUAGCUCACCUUUGACUUUACAUUUUCCGUUCAAGAAUUUGUAUUUGUGAAUAAUAUUGUGUGUUGAUAUAGAUAAGUUUUUCUCCGGACGAAAUUGAUAUUACUCCUUUUUCUUGGUCAAAAAAACUGUGUGAUAAUUCGAUGUUGUAGAAUUUAGAUGAUAUCUAGAACGUGGUCGAUAAGUAACCACUAUUUGUUGGAUUAUAAAACCAAACACAACCCUAAAAAACUCGAACUGAACUAGAUCGAAACAUUUAACCUUAGGUUUUAGAAUUUAGAUGAUAUAUUGAUAUCUGUUGGAUAAGC